AGAAUAAGAAUAACAAAAUUCACUCUACACUCUUUGUGUAUAUCUCUCUUCAUCAUCUCUCUCUCUCUACACUCUGGCAGUAUCUGAGUUUCGCUUUCAACCUCUCUGUCUCUGAAGAGAGUUUAACACGAUGCACAGACAAUCACUAGGCUCACCUUCUUCCAAGCUCCACCUCCAUGGAAUCACCGACGCCGGAACCACUCUCAUCACCGACGAACCACCGAAACCUCACCGUCUCUCUUUAUCACCUCCAUCAUCAACACCUCACAAAUUCAUUCACCUCAUUCCAAUUCUCACUCUCUUCUGCUUUUUCAUCCUUUACUUUUUCUCUCACACUCCUUCUCCUUCAGAUUUAGAUCAUUUCACCGGAUUCAAACGUCAUCAUCUAGCGGCAGAGAUGAACGGUGAAAUUGGAGUACAUUAUGUGGAUGCGAAAAGAAGUGAUGUGUUAGCGAUUCGAAGUUUGCAACAAAUACCGAAAACUCAUCUACAUAGAAAACUCGCAGAUUUUUAAGCCAAAAUCUUCACACGUGUGUGUUCUUCUUUCUUUUCUUUCAUCUUACUCUUCCAUUCUAUAUAUUCUUGUUCCACCUGUAUUUUGUAUAUCUGAAAUUAUUGUUUUAGAUUAUGUGUUCGUUCGUUCAGGAAGAAAAAAAAAAGUGAAUAAAAUCGAUUUCAUAUGGAUAAUUUUGGAAUA